AUGUUGCAAGAAAUAUUUAUGGCACUAGCGGGGUACCCUGGGGAAAUAUUUGUACGUCAUGAAGAAUCUCCUAGUAACAACAAUAAAGAGCAGCAGCAGCAGCAGCAGCAGCAGCAGCAAGCCAGCAGCAGCAGCAGCAGCUACACAUACAACUACAGCAGCAGCAGCAGCAGCAGCAGCAGCAGCGUAUUAUUAGGGACAGGAGGAUUUAGGGUAAAUCCUCUUCUUAAUUGUUUUAGUAAUAGCGAGAAGGAGACACUAGAGACAGUUGUGUCUCCUGGUUAUGAUUUAUUAAUUAUAAAAGAAUUUAUUGCUGCUGCUGCUGCAGCAGAAGCAAAUGCUUUGCUGCUGCCAUGCAUGCAUGCAAGACCAUCUGCUGCAGCAGAAGCAGCAGCAGCAGCAGCUGCUGCUGCAGCAGCUGCUGUUGGAGGCGCUCCCUCACUCCCUAUAGGAGGAAAGGAAACAGCAACAACAGCAGCAGCAACAACAGCAGCAACAGCAGCAGCAGCAGCAGCAGGAGGUGGAGGUCUAUACACUGCAGCACUAGCACGAGCAUCAAGGGAGAUAAUAGAUUCUUAUUUAUCUGUAUUAGCAGCAGCAGAAGAAGAAGUGCUGCAGCAGCAAGGGGCCCCUCUUGCUGCUGUCUCCUUAGCUCUUAAGGACGAACCACAUAAGCUAAGAAUCCUUAGAUCUAUACUCUCUCAGGCAUGCUCAAUGUCUCUUGCUGCUGCUGCCAUGGGGGCCCCCCUACCCUGUGGUGUAUUACUAGAUGUCUUAUGGAGGGGACGUCAUAGUGGUGAUCCUGUUGCUCGUGGGGUGUAUGCGCACCUUGUUGAUGCAUGCGCAGCUGUAUUCUCCUUCCAGGCAAGCAAACAGCAGCAGCAACAGCAGCGACAGCAGCGACAGCAGCAGCAGCAAGUGCUGCUGCUGCUGCAUUGGGUGUCUGUUAAGGGGGCCCCCCUGUGUUGUUUUGCUUCUGGGGGGGCCCCCGCUGCAGCAGAUACAGCAGCAGCUGCAGCAGCAGCAGCAGCAGCAGCAGCAGGGGUGAGGACGGCCUUUUCUCAUCCUUCUUCUCCUGCUGCGGUCAUCCUUCCUUGUCUAAAGAUCUUACGCCUCUUCUUUACUGUCUUCCUCGAGAGCAGCCGCCGCUUCUUAGGGGGCCCCUCUGAUGACCGUUGGGGGCCCCCAGGGGGCCCCUUGUCCCUUCGCGUUAGGGGCCUUUGGGCAGGUGCAGCAGCUCAGACCAAUCCGAAGUUCGCUGCACCAGCAGCAGCAGCGACGGCAGCAGCAGCAGCAGGAAGAGGGGCCCCUGAGUCUUCUCAGAAGCAGCAGCAGUCUGCCACCCAAGGCAUUAGUAAUGAAUUACAAACCCUAGGGGGCCAUCAAGGUGUCUCCCUGACCUCCCCUUGUGCUGCAGCAGCGCUAGAUAAUGGGGAGAUUCUCUUUUGCCGUUGCCCACACUCUGGGGGCCCCCGUGGGGGCCCCUCAGCAAGAGGGGACUGUCCCCUUGGAGCUGUGCUGCACCCUGAACGUCAGCUAAUGAGGCAUGGAUUUAAGCACGGCUUUAAGUUCCGGCUGGAGGCCCCGAGGGGGGCCCCCUUAGAGGCCUCCGAAGGAGUUGGUGCUUGCGUAGUACUGGUACUGCAAAGCAACAGGGCCCCUGUCUCAUUAAGAGAUGGACCCCAUGUAGUGUCUACCUCCGAUGCCCAUAAUUCUCCUCAGGGUCAAGGGGGCCCUAGUGACCUCUUUUGGCCGUCCCUCGGGGACUGCGUGGCUUUGGAGAUUCGCCUUGGGAUUAUUCAAAACCCUCAGGAGGGAUCCGGUCCCACUCUGACACUCGAAGCAGAUCUUCUGCUAGGUGAGGGGGCCCUUGCUUGUCAGUUUGAACAGGAUGUGUUGCAGGCGGCAGAGGCCCCUACGGCGACUUCUGCUUCUCUUAUCUUUUCCCAGCAACAACAACAGCAGCAGCAGCAGCAGGCGCUGCUGCGACUACCUGCGCAUCCUUGGGCUUUGCCUGGGGAGCCUCCUAAACGCACUACGGUAGCUGGGGGGACUCUCUCUGCAGCAGCAGCAGCAGCAGCGCCUUGCUGCAACCUACCGCAGGCCCUUCUCCUGUGUCGGGGAUGCAUGUCUUGGCCUCUGCCUCCUAACUGCCGCCUAGAGUCUCAGGAGAUAUUCGUGGAAAUCGACUACUCCUUAGAGAGGGAGCGCCUGCGGGUUAUAGCAACAAAAGGGACACCACAGCAGCAGCAGCAGCAGCAGCAGAAGCUUCUGGGCUCCCUACGGGGUGCCGGUGGACCCACACCAUUGUUGGAGAUGAAGGGCUUUGAACUCAGCAGCCUCAUUGCCCUAAGGCUAGGAGCAGCCUAUGCUGGGUUGUUCUCUCUCCCCCUGAGAUAUGAACACCGACAGCUGCAACGAGGAGGCACCUCCGCACCAGGACCGCCUCUGCCGUCUACUCCACCAACGUUUGAAAACAAUGACUGGUGUAUUCGCGUUUGCGUAUGGCAGCACGAGGCGCAGCCACCUCCGCUGCAGCUGCGGGGUUUGCAGCAGCAACAGCAGCAGCAGCAGCAUUUGUCUUUGGAGGGGAGACCAGUAGAGACCUUCAUGUCCAGAUUACUCUUAGACCCCCAAGGAGCUUCUUGGCCUCUUCCUUUGCUGCUCACGGAUGCAGCAGUAGAUACUUACAACGCCCUCUUCUCUUUACUGCUGCAGCUGAGGUAUUCCUCUGGCUUACGUUUCGCUGCAAGGCCCCCUCCCGGCCAUGAGGUAUCUCGGCAGCUUGUGGCCUCCCACCUGUGGGCUGCACGAGCGGAGUUGAUUUUUUAUCUUUCGUCAAUUUCUUCAUAUUUCCAGUGCUACGCAAUCACUCCUGUCUUCACUGAGGUGGAGGAAGCGGCAAGGGGGCGGAGGGACUUUGAGGAGAUUCGGCUUAUCCAUGACAACUGCCUCACACAGCUUGCCGCGAGGUGCUGGCUGCGGGUCUCGUCUUUGUUGCGGCCUUUGAUGCAUCUUAUCAUGGCGGGUCGGCGCCUAUCGGAGUUGGGGUCCCUUGCAACAAGAACCUCAGGGGGGCCCUUGGAGGGCCCCUUGGGGGCCUCUGGGUCGGUAGGACCAGACGAGGCGUCAGGGGGAAGGCAGAAAAACGAAGAGGCAGCUGAAGUGAUCCUUUUGGGUUCGCUUGGAGACGCUCAAUAUACGUUUUUGGCCGAUGCAGUAGCCACUACUAGGAAGGAGAUACGGGAGCACAUAUCUCAGGUGUACACGGAGAUAUGCGCUUUAAAGCAGGGGGCCCCUCAUGCCCUCUUGGGGGCUCUAGCGUUGCCUUUGGACUUCAAUGGCUUCCUCUCUCACCUCGUCUCAGGGAACCCCUAUACCCCUAGGGGGGCCCUGUACAGAGGCCCCCCGACCCCCCGAAGCAGCAGCAAGGGACCCGCUGAAGGACAACAGCAGCAGACCCAGGAACCGUUUGUGACUGCCGAGGCUGCGGGGGCCCCCACAGCUGCUGCAGCAGCCAUAUUGGAGGCCCCUCACAGCAUUGGUACAAGGUCGCGAGAGGGUACUCGACUGGGGGGGGCCCGGAUGCCCUCAUUUGGAGAGUUACAGUACCCUGAGAGGGGCUUUACAGAGGGGACCCCUGGAGAUGAUGAAUCGAUGUUGCAUAGCUGUCGCUCGACAGACAGUGACAGGGAAGGGACCCCUUCCUGGUCUCAUUUGCCACAGGGGGCCCCCUCAUACCCGUCCCCUUGGUUCACGGAAGACGCCAACGAGGAUGCCCACCGGUCCCAAGGGGCCUCCAGGGCCCUUAGGAGGCCCUCGCCACCCGCACGGGGUUCUCUAUGGUACGAAGCUUCAGCGCAUUUGCAGCAGGGGCCCGUCACAGGUGCCCGAACAAGGGAGUUUACUCCCCCUAGGGCGGCCCCUGGGGGGCCCGCCAUGCAGCAGCCGUUGGACUACAGAGUGCUGGCGGAGGAGGCGCGAGAGGCGUUGGCUGCUGCAAGGAAGAAGAAGGAAGAGAGGCAGUUUGUGGGGGCGUCAGAGGUGUACUUAAAUACGGGGGGAAGGGGCCCCUGA